UUGUAGCGGAGGUUGUGUGUUUUGUGUGCCGGUGAUCGUUUUAGGAAAUGCUACAUAUUUUCUAUUUUGUGCUAGAUUAUUGUACGUUUUGUGACACAAUUUAUUUGUGAUAAUAGUUUUUGUGUUGUGCGCUUCGUCUUGGGAAGUGAACCUUGUGGUAGUGUUUUUGUUGAGUCCAAGUUUUAUGUGCCUGUGCAAGGAUUUGUCGCCGUCUUACGCCAGCUGCAUGACUUGAAGAUGAGAUGAGUGUGCGGUGACUUGCGACUCUUGGAUAGACAGAACCAUGGCUUCAUAGUCAGAAGAAAAUAUUUCGUCCUUGCGGUGUGAUACAGUGAGGUCGCGAUGGGCGCGUCAGGCGUCUCGGACGAGUUCACGCCGCCGCGUCUCUCGCGGCUGCUGCACGCGCUGCCGCACAUCAACGUGACGCUGCACCGCGUCAACGACACCUUCGCACCUGACUCGCCGGUCUACCUCGAGAGCCUGGGCAUAAUCGGAUCUAUCCCGGGCGCGUGGCUGAUCCUCACGUUGACCAUCCUCCUCAUCUACCUGCUGACGAGAUGCUGCGACAGGAAGCAGCGCCCGCCACGCAGUAUCACUGCUUUAAAGAUAACGCUGAUGAUCCUGUCUGUCCUGUGUUGCGGCGCGAUCGGCGUGGGUCUGUUUGGCAACGACGACCUGCACAAUGCUAUGCUGCAGAGCAUCCAGGCUGGGAACCAGCUCGCCGCGCUCGUUAACACUGUUAAAAAUCAGUCGAGCAUCCUGGAGGAGGCGAUGGGGUCGCGCGCGCGGGCCCCGCUGGCGCGGCUGGCGGACGCGCUGGACGCGCCGGUGGCCAACCAGACGGCGCUGGGCACGCUGCUGCGCGCGCUGUCCGCGCUGCGCAACAACGCCAGCGCGGCCGCCGGCGCCGCCGACAACCUGCGCCGUCCGCUGGCCACGCUGAACCUCGACGCCUUCAUGAAGCGUGCGUGGGUGUGGGAGGCGGCGCGCUGGGCGGGCGGCAUGGCGGGCUGGUGCUGCGGCGGCGCCGUGUGCGUCGCGCUGCUGGCCGCCGCCGCACGCCGCAGCCGCCGCGCGCUGCUGCUGCUCUGUGUGGGCGCGCUGGGCGCGCUGGUGGCGUGCUGGCUGGCGAGCGCGGUGCUGGCGGCGGGCGCGCUGGCGGCGGCCGACGCCUGCCAGGACCCCGCCUCCGCGCUGGCGCACUACGCGCCGCAUCGUCUGCCCACUGACAUGGUGCACUACUACCUAUCCUGCAAGGUGUCUCGAGAGAACGUACUAACAGCAGAGCUACGCAACGCUCAGCGAGCUGUGGUUGCCGUGAGACAAGCCCUAGCGGUACUGUCCCGGGGCGCGCCGCAACUGUUCAAUGACCCAGGGCUGCAGCCGGCGCUGGGCGCGCUGGGCGCGGGCACGGGCGAGGCGGAGCGCGCGCUGGUGUCGCUGUCGGGCGCGCUGGAGUGCCGCACGGCGCGGGCCUACUUCGUGGCCGGAGCCCGCGCCGCCUGCGACGCGGGGCUGCAGGCGCUGUCGCUCCAGCUGCUGGCGGCGGUGGCGGCGGGCUUCCUGUUCACCGCCAUAGUGCUCGUCGACUCGCACGCCUGGAUCUACAUUAACACCAAACGCUCCGGCACGGGCGAGGAGCAGGCCCCGUUCCUGUCGUCGGGCUCCGCCACCAGCACCCGCACGCUGCCGCGCGCGGCGCCUGCGCCCAACGGCAAGCCGCCCUCGUACAGCGCCGCCGUGCAGCUCAUGGACCUCAACGACCAACGGCCCAGGUCGCGCAUGUCGGGCUCGGCCACGCUGGGCCGCGGCGCGGGGGGCGGGGCAGGCGGGGGCGGCGGGGGCGCGCACGCGCUGUCGGGCGCGCACACGCUGGGCCGCGCGCCGCACAACGGCAAGUACGCCACGCUCAGCAAGCAGUGCAAGACGCUGGAGAGCUCCGACUUCUACUGAGAACGGCCCGGCGGCGGCGCCAACAACGCGGAUCCUUUCGGUGGCGGUGGAAACGGCGGCGGGGCCGUGAGCGGGCUGAACCGCUUCGACCCCAAGUACGCGUCGUUCGGGCCGCGCCAGCCGCGCCCGCGCCCCAUGCCGCCGCCGCCGCAGCUGGCCACGUUCGCGGCGCCGCAGCCGCAGCCGCAGCCGCCGCUGCCGCAGCAACAAGCAGCAGAUAAGUACGCCACGGUCCGCGCGCCGCGCCGCGCCGAGCCGCAGCCGCUGUCCGCCGCCGCGCUGGAGUACCG